AUGGGUCAGCUGUUCUCUUCAUCUAAGGAUGAACACUACAAAGAUUUGGCCUCCAGCUUUGCUGAAUAUUUUAAAAAUUUUAAGACAGGAAACAAAAUCAUUUCUCAGGAAACCAUAGCUUCAAUUGAGUUAAGCCUGACACAAGGAAACUUACAGGGGGCAAACACUUCAAUCACUGAUGCAUUAAAAAAAAAUGACAGUAGCCCACUCAAUGUUGCUGUGACCGGGGAGUCUGGAGCAGGGAAAUCUACCCUGAUCAAUGCCCUGAGAGGAGUUGGACAUGAAGAUGAAGAUGCAGCUGAAAUUGGAGUGGUGGAAACAACCAUGAAGAGACAUCCAUACAAACACCCCAAUAUUCCCAAUGUGGUUAUUUGGGACCUGCCUGGGAUUGGAACCACAAAUUUCCCAGCAAAAGAUUAUCUGGAGAAAAUGAAAUUCCAUGAGUAUGACUUCUUCAUUAUUGUUUCUGCCACACGCUUUAAGAAAAAUGAUAUAGACCUUGCCAAAGCAAUCCGCAUGAUGAAGAAGGAUUUCUACUUUGUAAGAACCAAGGUGGACUCUGACUUAAACAAUGAAAAGGAAUUCAAACCACGCACCUUUAACAGAGAAAAUGUCCUGCAGCAGAUCCGCAACAGCUGUGUGAAAACGUUUAAGGAGAAUAACAUUGAAGAACCACCAAUCUUCUUGAUCUCUAACAGAAAUUUGUCUGGUUAUGAUUUCCCAAUCCUGAUGGACAAGGUUAUGAAUGCUCUCCCUGUAUACAAACGACACAUUUUUAUGCUUUCCUUGCCUAAUAUUACAGGUAUAGCCAUUGAAAGGAAGCAACAAUCCCUGAAGCAGAGGAUUUGGCUGGAAGCCUUUACAACUGACCUCCUGAGUACCAUUCCUUCACUGGCCCACCUCUUCAUGAGCAGUGAUGUGGAGAAUCUUGAGAAAAGCCUGAACUUCUAUCGAACUGUGUUUGGAGUGGAUGAUGCAUCCUUGCAGAGUUUGGCUAAGGACUGGGGAAUGUCAGUGGAUCAGCUCAAGGCAAAGAUGAAAUCUCCUAAUGUGUUCGAGACUACAAAGAAAGAAACCGUACAAGAAAGGCUUUCAAGAUAUUAUGAGGAGUUCUGUUUGGCUAAUGGGCAUUUGUUUAAUAAGAAUGUUUAUGUUAAGGAAUUAUAUUACCUAAAAUUAUAUUUUGUUGACAUGGUGACAGAUGAUGCUAAUGCUCUUCUCAAAGAGAUAUGUUCAAGAAACAACUUGGUUUCUGAUUAGGCUGAAAUCCUGUAGCUGUCAAACAUCAGAAUCAAUGACAGAAACAUAGGACACUGAUAUUGCAAAACAACAUACUGAGUUUAAUUCAUGCCAUCCAGGCUUUAUCCAUACUUAGUGUUCAUAUAUCCUCAUUAGCUGUAGCAA